AUGAAAGCCAGCUAUAGAUAUGAGAUUACGAUGGCAAGGCCUGUCAACAUGUCAAUUGCAAGGAGUGAGAGCGAUUUCAUGAAUGCGAGAGAGUUUCACAUGUUUGAUAUGUAUUGCGUUGAUGAAGAGUUGGAAGCGGUGUCGAAGAUUUACUCCAAAAUGGUAUGCAUGGCUGAUCUUGUUGAGCUUCAACAGUUUCUCGCCAUGUUAAAGCCUAGCCUGAAACUGAAAUUGCAUUUGGAUAUGGACUUUUGUGGCUGGCGCUAUCAACGUCUUGACUUGACUCUAUUAUUUGAGUCUCUAGACCAUAUCAGGAAUCGUGUGAUUGGACUUUCGUUGCGAGUAUCUUCCAGAACUGAGGUAAAUGGGGAAAUUGAUUUAGAUCUUUUCGAGAACAUGGAGGUUUUGAAGCUAAACGAAAGCAAAUUCAAGGGUUCAUUGUCAGGGCUCAAACAGUUUUCUUUACAGCCGGUGAUUGCUACAGUUGAGUUGGCCCUGUCGCUACAGAUUCUACAGCUUGCGGACUACAAUGGAAUUGAUGUCGAGGUAAAGGGUGAUGCGUCUCUUGAUGAGUUGUCCUUCACCUGUUCGGGCGAACCAGUUCCUGAAUAUGUAAAAAAGAUUCUUAUGCAAAUGACAUACCAAGGAACCACCAGCAUCAAAUAUUCAUACACUGGUAAUGAUUGCGUCGACGAUUUUCUUGUAUUGGUUGCUGAAGUUGCUAAAAGGAAAGGAUUUACAUUGAAAUCGUUAGCUGUCGAGGGUCCUCUUGUAGGGGUCCCGCCAAUGUAUCCAACAGAGGAGCUUGAGUUAUGUUACAACGAGAACGACCUGUUGGUUUGCCAGUUGAAGUUGCCCCCAACUUUGAAAAAGUUGAAGUUAGUUGGGCAUAAUAAUGUUGAUUUCGGUCAGCUUUUUGAUAUUCUCCCUCCAUCAUUGGAAAGAAUCGACCUUUCCUUUGUUUGUGGGGACUGGGAUAACUUUAAGCGGGACCUUUCGAAGUUCAAGAGACUAAAACAUCUCAAUUUGACUUCUAAUUGGCUCCAGAGUCUUGAAGAUUUUAUAUUUCCAGAUUUUCUCGAAGAAUUGAUUUUGGAAGGUAACAACAUCACCACGAUUGAAGGAGUAGCGUUUCCAAAACAACUAAAGACAUUAAACUUGAAUUUGAACCAAAUUCAGAAAUUGCUGUUGGGUAAGAGCUCCCCGCCUUUGCAAAGGUUGAACCUCGACAACAACUUUGUUGGUUCCAUUCAAAUAUCCCUGCAUAAUCUUGAACAACUACUGGCAACUUGCACUGCAACUGAAACUUUGCUGUUCUUGCAGGCAGAGAACGUACGUUACUUGAAAUUGACAAACUGUCGAUUUCCACCUACCCAGUUCCUUAACUUGACAAAACUCCAGUUGGAAAAUUGCUAUCAAAUUGAUAAUAUUCUGUUUCCAUCAACAAUAAAAGAGCUCGAAUUGGCUUCAAAUAACCUUACCGAAAUUCCUCCACAUAUUCUUCGAUUAGAGAACUUGCGCUACUUGGGCCUUUCUCGGAACAAGAUUGAGUCAGCCAUAUUGACAUUUUGCUCUAACUCAUUGGAAGUGUUGGACCUUUCAUCCAAUGAUAUAGAAAAGUUUCAUCUAACUUUCCCUAAAGGAGAAAGCAAGCUCAAGCACCUUGAUUUGGGAUAUAAUCAGUUAAGAGGGUUUUCUGUGGAAUGUUUGGGUGAUGCUGAAAACUACAACUGUUUUUGGGAAUUGGAUUUAUCAGGAAAUGCAUUGAGUAAAGACCAGAUUGACACUUUGACUGAAGAAUUACCCAAGUCUACGAAAAGCUUGUGGGCAACAAUCAAUGAAACUUUUGCUAAGAAUUAUAUAGAGAGGUAA